CAGCCUGGGCUGAAAUAUUUGAACGCAGUUUUUAAUCAAAUCGAUAAGCUUAGCUGGAAACUGAAAUUAAAGCUGACUUAUCAAACGAUAACUUAUCGUUUUCACCGAAAUUGAUAAGCUGUGUUUCGUUGAAUGAACCACUGGCAACAAUUGCUCGUUCAUGGACACCAUAAAAAUAAUCGAAUAAUUCACAGUUCUUCAGUUUUGGUUUGUUGAGCCAUGCGGUUGGUUCUGCUAUAAAUGAAUGGAUAUUGGUGCUGGUUUAGUUAAUUGAAAAACGUCAAAACAACGGCUGGUGUGUCAUCCAACGCACUAUUUAUGACGACACAAAUAUUGUUCUUUUUGUUUUCAUUUUGGUUGUUCUUAAUUCAAAAAUAUUUAUUUUAUAUAUUUAUACAUUUGAAUAACUGUCAAUAUGUGUCAUUGGAUUUCGUGCCUAGUACGAAAAAUAUUUCCCAAUAACGGUCGAGCGUUCACAACUUCGGAUAAUUCAGACUCAUACAAUGUGGUCGACAGUAACAACAGUGAGCCACGAAAUGGAAUACAGAAGCAGGAAUGUGUUCGACGAACAGUCGAUAACUUUGAUAAAUUCCGUCUAUUGAUGUGGAAAAAUUUUCUUCUUCAAUAUCGACAUAAGCUACAAACGAUCAUCCAAAUUGUAAUACCCAUACUUUUUACGGCAAAUUUACUGUUUAUACGAAGUUUAAUAGCACCGGAAAUUAACACAGCAAACUCAACCUAUAAUGCGUUCAGUGUUGACGAAAUUUCAUUACGCAACGCAACUCAUGCCAUUCAUUUGAAAGAAUGGAAAUUAGUUUAUUACCCAAAGAAUAAAAUUCUGGAACGAUUCCUGAGUGAAGUGGUCAAAUUGCUUAAGCUGGAUGGAAUCGAAGGUGUUAACAGUUCAGAGGAAGUUGAAAAAGUGAUGAUAGAACGAGAGUUUUUAGCCGGCGUUGUAUUCAAUCAUUCAGCGAAUAUUAAGGAGCUUCCACAGAAUUUAGUAUAUACAUUACGUUUUCCAAGUGAAACUCGCACAAAUAGUCAAAUCAGUCCAACAAUUUUCAAUUGGCAAACCAAUUUACUGGUGCAGAUAUAUACCGGCGGUGGACCACGCGGUGGAUCAAUGAACGAAGGAGGUGCUCCGUAUUAUUUGUCCGAAGGAUUUUUGCCCAUACAAGAAGCCAUUGCUAGAACUUUAAUGGCAAUGAAAUGUACUGAAAAUAGUUGUAAAUUUAUGCCAAGCAUUCAAAUGCAUCGAUACCCAUAUCCACCAUACGUGCACGAUGUUCUUUUGGAUGCAAUGGAGAAAGCUGUUGCGCUGUUCAUUAUGCUAAGUUUUGUGUAUCCAAUAAUUAGCACCGUAAGAUUCAUCGCUGUUGAGAGGGAGAAGCAGCUGAAAGAAGUGAUGAAAAUCAUGGGAAUGCCCGUUUGGUUGCAUUGGACCAGCUGGUUUGUGCAAACCAUGAUUUUCAUUGUCGUUUCCAUUUCAUUUAUUGUCGGUUUACUGAAGAUACCAAUGUUUGACUCAUCAAUUGCGGUGUUUACAAAUUCCGAUUGGAGUGCGAUUUGGGUAUUCCUAUUUGUGUACAGCAUCACAAUGUCGACGUACUGCUUUGUUUUGAGCGUACUAUUUUCAAGGGCAAACACUUCGGCCGCUGUGGCCGGUCUCGUGUGGUUCAUUUCAUAUAUGCCAUAUGUGUUUCUUUCAAUCAAUCACCUGGAAUUGCCAUUGAUUGCGGAAAUAUUUGCAUGCCUCUCGCCAAAUGUGGCCAUGGCAUACGGAUGCAGAAUAAUAGUCGAUUUUGAAAGAAGUGGUACAGGAUUACAGUGGUCCAAUUUUUGGAAUUCAAAUGGAAAUCAAUGUGAACUUACGCUGGGAAUUAUUAUUUAUUGUUUGUUGCAAACCGCAGCUUUAUUCCUUUUGAUUACACUCUAUAUCGAAAAAGUGUUUCCGGGUGAAUAUGGUGUACCAGAAAAGUGGAUUUUUUUCUUGAAGAAAAAAUUUUGGUUUAAAAAAAAUGAUCAAAUAAAAAUGAAAGAGUGCUCAAAUCUUGUGUCACAUGAAAAUUUCGAAGCAGAACCUUUGAACUGUGUAGCGGGUGUUCGAGUGAAAAACCUUCGGAAAAUGUUUGACAACGGAAAAGUGGCCUGCAAUGGUGUAACAUUCAAUAUGUUCUGUGAUCAAAUAACCGUGCUGCUCGGUCACAAUGGUGCUGGCAAGAGCACGACAUUGAAAAUGUUAACUGGAAUGAUUCCACCGACAUCAGGCACGGCGAUCAUAAAUGGAUACGAUAUUCGUACUGAUUUGCUCAAGGCAAGGGAAUCAAUUGGCAUAUGUCCACAACAUAAUAUUCUUUUCGACGAACUCACCGUUCGUGAGCACAUUGAAUUUUAUAGCCGAUUGAAAGGUUUGAGAAAGACUGCCGUUGAAAAAGAAGUGAAAAAAUAUGUUCAAUUGCUGAACCUAGAAUCAAAAAUUGACUCGAUGUCAAAAUUAUUAUCGGGUGGCAUGAAAAGAAAACUCGCAUUUGGCAUUGCUUUGUGUGGUGAUUCAAAGGUAGUUUUGUGUGAUGAACCGACUAGUGGUAUGGACCCGGCUGCUCGGCGCGAUCUUUGGGAUUUAAUUCAAAGCGAAAAAAUCGGUCGAACGAUCAUUUUAACGACACAUUUUAUGGACGAAGCCGAUGUGCUUGGCGAUCGUAUUGCAAUAAUGGCCGAUGGUGAGGUGAAGUGUUGUGGAACUCCAUUUUUCUUGAAGAAACGCUUUGGUGAUGGUUAUCGUUUGAUUUGCGUUAAGAAAGAAGACUGCGUUUCAAGUGAAGUGACAAAAGUGCUACAGGAAUAUAUUCCUGACAUCGAUGUCACAGAAGAAAUAGCGGGAGAAUUAUCAUAUUCACUGCCAUAUCAACAUGUAGAUAAGUUUGGAAAGAUGUUUGAGCGAUUAGAAAGUGAUCUCGACUCAUUGAAACUGCAACGUUUCGGCGUAUCAUCAACGGAAUUAGAAGAAGUGUUCCUCAAAGUUGGAAGUGAUAGCCAUAGCAAUAAUGGUGAAAACGAUACAAUUUCCGAUCCAACGACAGACGCAGAGUCUUUAAAAUACGAACUGCUUCGUGGUUUGCUAUUGCGUGUGAAUCAGUGGUACGCAAUGUUCAAGAAAAGAUAUUAUUGUUGGAAAAACAGUUGGUUUAUAUUUCUUGUACAAAAUGUAAUGAUUGUUCUAUUCGUUGUGAUGAGCAUCGCUUGUGUUCGUAUGGCGAAGGAUUUCAUGAAACUGCCUCUACUUGAGGUGUCACUAAAUCAUUAUGGAGAUACGGUGACCAUGUUGCAAACACCAAAAUCAAACGAUUCAUUCAUUCAACGCAUUUUCGUCCAAUAUCGCAAAGGUUUCCGCAAAAUCGAUGUUUUGGAUGAAUUUUCCGAGAAUAUGGAAGAUCAUUUCUUGCGACUUGGCAAUCAGAUACGCGUGCGAACAAACACUCGAAAUUUACUUGGUUUGUCUUUCGAAAAUAAUUCAUUUAUUGUUUGGUUCAAUGGCCAACCCAUUCACACGUCACCACUGUCACUCAAUUUGCUCCACAACGCAAUGUUACGGGCCGCAAUUGGAGAAGAUCACAGCAUUCAAGUGUCAAAUUGGCCAAUACCAUUUCGACCUGAAUCGAAGGCGCUCUUAACAGCGUACGGCGACGAUAUAGGCAGUCAACUCGCUACAAAUCUUUCGUUUGUAAUGGCUUUUGCCUCAGCUCUGUAUAUCAUGUUCUACAUUCGAGAAAGAGCUUCAAAAGCGAAGCUAUUGCAAUUAAUAAGUGGCGUGGAUACGUCCACAUUUUGGAUGACAUCAUUCUUGUUCGAUUAUAUGACACAUGUCCUAUCGUCUGUGAUUACUUUUCUUGCCGUUAUGGCUUUUCAAGAGAGCGGAUGGUCCACUAUCGGCGAACUAACACCAUUACUUGUGCUUUUCAUCGUUUUCGGAUUGGCAACGCUGGCCAUCACUUUCGUUGCAUCAUUUUUAUUCUCGACUGCAUCGUAUGGUUUCGUCAGUAUGGUCAUUACAUUCAUAUUUACUGGGAUUAGUUUCUUUAACUUAAUAAAAAUUCUGUCAAUGCCAGAUUUGGGUCUAUCCACGACAGCCAAUAUGUUGAAAUGGAUCUUCCUUUCGUUUCCACACUAUGCACUUGCGUCGAGCUUGUUAAAUAUGAACCAAAUUAAAAUCGCAACCGAAGUUUGUCACAUACAGUGUGAACGCAUGCAAAAUACUACAAUCAAUUUUGAAAUUGGAUUCGAUUUAUCUAUACCCAUACCUCAGGAUAAAGAUCAUUUAAUAGACUACGCCAUUUCCAUUUAUUUAUUGUUAAAAAAGUAUGCUGAUCUGAUGCACGCAGACACUAUCUUUCAGGAUAUUAUAAAGUACAUCAAUUUGUAUCAAAUAGAUCCCAUAGUCAACGGUACAAACUUGAAUUUACAUAUCAAAUGGAAUGAAACGGUCAAGCUGAGCUGUGAUCCAAAGCAGAUGUGUGAUAUCGACAUAUAUGCCUGGAACGAGCCUGGCAUUGGCCGGAGCCUGACAUAUAUGGGUUCAAUUGCCAUAGUUUUCAUCGUAAUACUUUGGAUUAUUGAAUAUCGAAUAUUUUCAAAAGUUAGUUAUUUCAUUCGUGGCAUUCCUAAGAAAAAGUUAACAGCAGCAGUUGAAAGCACUGUGUUUGACACCGAUGUUAGGGAGGAGAAAAACAAAGUCAAUGCCAUGACUUCAAAAGAUUUACAGGUCAAUAGUUUGGUCUUGCGAAAUCUGAAAAAAAUCUAUGGAAAUUUUUUGGCUGUGAAUGGAAUUUCCGUAGCAGUUAAAAGAUCGGAAUGUUUUGGUUUACUCGGCAUCAAUGGAGCUGGUAAGACCUCAACUUUCAAAAUGAUAACAGGUGAUACACCGGUUUCAAGUGGCGACGUGUUUGUGAAUGGGCUCAGCCUUAAAACUCAUUUAGCUGAAGUGCAUAAAAUGAUCGGAUACUGUCCGCAAUUCGAUGCGCUACUUGACAAUUUGACAGGAUCUCAAACAUUGGAAAUCUUUGGGUUAUUGCGUGGCUAUCGUCGUAAAGAUAUCUCAGCGAUGAGUGCUCGAUUGGCCAGUAAUUUGAAUUUCACCAAACACAUUGAUAAGGUGAUCAAAAGCUACUCGGGUGGUAGCAAAAGGAAAUUGAGUACGGCUAUCGCUAUAAUGUCCCAUCCCGAUGUUGUUUAUUUAGAUGAGCCGAGCUCAGGCAUGGAUCCAGGCGCGAAAAGGAAUUUAUGGAAUGUCCUAUCACAGGUUCGAUGUUCAGGAACAUCAAUCGUAUUGACAUCGCACAGUAUGGAGGAGUGUGAAGCAAUAUGCACUCGCUUAGCAAUCAUGGUGAACGGACAAUUCAAAUGUUUGGGUUCUGUACAACAUCUCAAAAACCAAUUCUCCAAGGGAUUUCUACUGACAAUCAAAAUACGAUCCGGCGGAAAUGAAACGCCAACUCAGGGAUAUCCGCAAACUCAAAUUCAAAUUAGCAAUUUCAUUCAUACAAACUUCCCGGGAGCUUAUCUUAAGGAAAAGUAUCAAGGCCUUUUAACGUUUUAUGUGCCGCAGACCAAUGAAUUGAAAUGGUCUUCAAUGUUUGAUCUGAUGGAAACAGCAAAAGGAAUUCUAAGCAUCGAAGAUUAUACAAUCAGUCAAACAACGCUCGAACAAGUGUUCUUAUCAUUUACAAAAACCUAUGAUGAUCAAACACUUAAUAGUUUUAACUCUGUGGUUUAACACUUUGAAAUCGAAACCAUUCUGAAUCCAUCCAAACGACAUCGAAAAAAAAUCUUCCUAGUCUUAUUUAUUUAUUUAUUCAUUCAUUAAAAAUUGGUUGUUAUUGCUUAGUGAAAGCGAGUGUUGGUUAAAAAUUACUAUUAAACUGUACAUUUGUUUCACUUUUCAAAAUAAGCAUUUUGAAUUAGAAUGUUGUUGAAUGAAUAGAACGAAUCUAACAUUCGAGGCUUAAGUAUGUUCUCAUGCAUGAUUAUUCAUCUGCAGUGAUUCAUCGCACCCGCAUUUGCCAAAAUGCAUCAAAUUUCAUAAUAUUUAGAUAUCAAUUCAUUACCGCCUUCAACACUGGCCACUGAUCACCUCAUAAAUAAUAACUAGAAAAAAAGUAUUUGAUUAUUCUUUUUUGCUUAGUUCAUGUUUGUAAUAUCGUUCAACUUAUUAUUUUUAAUCACAUAAAAAGACCAUGGCACGUGUAGAGAUUCAUCCAGUUUGAGGUUAAAUUCCCCUCUACAUCGGGUAAACCGCUAUAUUACCACAUGUCAAGGUGACAGAUUCUCCAUUUUAUUGCGGAGUGUAAGUGUUUGUUAUGUUUUUCAACGUAUAAAACAUUUCAAAAUUAUUUAAAGCAAUCUAAAUUGAGGCAAAAUUAUUUCGAAAACUAUUUUAUAAGUAUAGAAUUUUUUUGUAUACUGGAGAAUUUACGGUUUGCCGUACGGAACCACUUUGACUGAUAGUUAUGAUCGUUUAACGAGCAAAAAAAAUUCCUCCAAAGUUCAAACAACUAUACACAUGAUAAUCGUGUAAAUUGAUAAUGAAAAAAGUGUUUUGAUAAAGAGGGUUUUUCCAUUAAAACACAUCACAUGUCACGUGACAAAAACAAAAAAAAAACAAUUUUUGUAUAUUUUUAAGCUGAAAAAUAAAACCAAGUUACUUCAGAAUA